AUGCAGCUCAGUUGCUGCAGUCUAGUUGGUGACCUUGAGGACCCCCUCAUCGCUGCCCCUUCGUCUCCUCUUACCUUUCCCUGUCUCCUUUUCUCAGCGCAGAGACAGCCGCAGGAGACACCUGAAGCUGGCGCCUGCUGCAGUGCUGAUGGGGCUGCUGCUAGCGCCCCCAGCAGCAGCAGCAACAGCAGCAGCAACAGCAGCAGCAGCAACGCCAGCAACAUACAUGCACGAGAGGGGCUCUUCAGUGGCUCGCUUGUCGCCGUAGCAUCCCAGAGCUUCAUUGCUGUCUUUCUUGUUAGUGGAUCGCGCCUGCAGCACGCCAACGACAGCCAGGCAAGCCGCAGCAGCAACAGCAGCAGCAGCAGCAACAGCAGCAGCAGCAGCAGAAGUAGUAGUAGUAGUAGUAGUAGUAGCAAGGACAACUGCAGCAGCAGCAGCAACAUUCGUAGCUGGCGUGGCCGCAACACUGCCAGGGAUAUAUCUUCCUCAGCUUCUCCUUCCACCGGCGCUUCCUUGCCUUUGGGGUCCCGUGGUUCUUCUGCUGCUGCUGCUGCAGCAGCAGCAGCAGCUGCUGCUGCUGCUGCUGCUGCGGAUGCUGCUGCUGGUCCUUUGGGAGAAGAACCUGAGUCCUUGGGCCCCGGGGGGCGGCCUCGCCGCGCUGCAACGCGGCGCGCCAGAGCUGCUGUCAGUGCAGCGUUGGCUGAGGAGACGUCUAGCGACGAAGACGCAUCGACCCGGGGGCCCCGCAGGCGGAGGGGCCCCCAAGGCCGCUCUGCUCUGUCUAGGGGCCCCAAGGGCCCCUCAGCAGGUGGUUCAGUGCAGCAGAACGAGGAAGAGAUAGACGGAGAGAUGCAGCCGCAGACACAGGAGACAAACCCCAAAAGGCAGCGAAGCCAAAGGCCUCGAGCAGCAGCAGCAGCAGCAGCUGCUGCUGCUGCUGCUGCUGCUGCUGCUGCUCGCAGGGGGCGCCGCAAGGCUGCUGGGGGGGCAUCACCCUCUAAAGACAAACCCGAAGAAGAGACAGAUAGGGACUCAGGCUCGUCCACCAGCUUCGUCGCGUCAGAGGCUGCCAGCUGCACGUCAAGCUCUGUAAGCAUCGCCAGCAACAGCAGCAGCAGCAGCGGCAGCAGCAGCGGCAGCAGCAACGAUAGUGAUGCAGACAGCUCAGCUUCUGACGACGGGGCUGCGAGAAGGCGCAGAGGCAAAAAGAAGACAAAGGCGAAACCGCAGCAGAAGAAAAACAACCGAGCAGCAGCAGCAGCAGCUGCUGCUGCUGCUGCGGAUUGGGGUGACACAGCAGCAGGAACGCCUGCUGCAACGGCGGAGCAGCAGGAGCAGCAGCAGAAGUGGCAACGAGCUGCUGACGCUGCUGUUGAAGCAGCAGAAGAAGAACGAGCUUCUGCGGCAGCUGGACUGCUGCAGCCUCUGCUGUUGAUGGUCAUAGUUAUCCCCCAGAACAGCAGCAACAGCAGCAGCAGCAACAGCAGCAGCAGCAGCAGCAGCAGCAGUAUCAACGGUGAUGGCUGCUCAAUGCCUCCAGUGCUGCUGCAAGACAUCAUCACGGACAUGGCAGUCAGCGAUCCGCGGUUCUGCAGCUCAACGGAGACAGCAGCAGGGGGGGCCCCCAUGGGGGGCCCCCCUGCCCCCACUGCUUGUAGAUACGACAAUUCUGUUUGCUGCUCGUUUGAGUUGAUAGCUGCAGCAGGCAGCGGCGCUGUGUGGCUCUUCAGCUGCUCCUUCUUGCUCACAGGCUGCUGCAGACAGGCCCCACAUUCAGCAGAGCUGCAGGGGGCCCCUGUCUUCGUUGUUGGGGGGAUAAGAGUCGCCAAGCCGCUGCUCCUCUUUGGCCCUGCGGGGGCCCCCAGCGGCUUCCUGCAGCUGGCGGAUGUCAGUGACGCGUUGCUGCCACUAACACAAACAGGCGUAGCUGCAGCAGCACCAGCAGCACCAGCAGCACCAGCAGCAUCAGCAGCACCAGCAGCAGCAACGACAACAGCAGCAGCAACAGCAGCAGGACAGGAUGCAGAGGAAGAGUCGCCAGCAGCAACGAAUUUAUCAAUGGCAGCUAACGUCCGGUGCAUUGCCACGCCCCCUGUAGCUGCUGCAGCAGGGCCAUGGGGGCCCCCCAGCCCCCCAUCUAUAGAGCUGAGGCCCCCCUGUUCGCUGCAAGUGCAUCGCGUACCAUCGAGGGGCCCGUCGUCAGUCUCUGUCUCCUGCCAGCUCUGCCCCUUCAUCUGGCAGCAGCAGCAGCGCAGCAAGUGGCUGCGCUGCAGAAAGGAGACAGACCCUUUUUGA